CGGUACGGCAGCUCGGAGGUACGGCGGCCGCGAGGGGCCAUGGCGCUUUACAGCGCUGCGGCCGCCGUGCUGGCGGCGCUGGAGCGCGGCGAUGGCGGGCUCAAGACUCUCGUGUACAACAGCCGCUUCCCGCAUGUGCGACAGCUGUAUGCGCUGGUGUCCGAGACCCUGCGCUACUCACCGGUGCUGGAUGCACUGCUGGCCAGCGCCGCGCUGCUGCAGGCCGAGAAGAAGCUGCCCCCACACCUGGCAAAGGUGCUGGUGUACGACCUGCUCUUUGGCAAGGGUCUCAAGUGCGGGGGCCGCUGGAAGGCGCUGGCCCGGCGGCAUCGCGCCCGCCUGCAGGCCGAGUUGGCCCGGCUCAAGGUGCAGCGGAAGGUGAGCCGCAACGAGGAUCUGCUGGCCCCAGCAGAGGGAGCGAGCACAGGAGCCCCCCAGCUACCGCGCUAUGUCCGAGUGAACACCCUGAAGACUUGUGUGGAUGAUGUGAUUGAUUUCUUCAAGCGCCAGGGCUAUUCCUACUUGGGCAAGGCAGCCAGUGUGGAGGAACUGAGCUCCCUCUCGGGGAAGAAAUUCCUGUUGGAUCUUCAUCUCCCAGAAUUGCUGAUCUUCCCUCCGCAGACGGACUUCCAUAACAACCAGCUCUAUAUUUCUGGGCACAUAAUACUGCAGGACAAGGCCAGCUGCCUCCCUGCCUUCCUCCUGAAUCCAGCCACUGGCUCCCACGUCAUUGAUGCUUGUGCUGCCCCUGGGAACAAGACCAGCCACGUGGCUGCCAUCCUGAAGAACAGGGGGCAGAUCUUUGCCUUUGACUUGGACACCAAGCGCCUGGCCACCAUGAACACCAUGCUGAUGCGGGCCGGAGUCACCAGCUUUGAGCUGGCACAGCAGGACUUUCUGACAGUUGAUCCCAGGGACUCCAAGUACAGCAAAGUGACCUAUAUCCUCCUAGAUCCAUCGUGCAGUGGCUCAGGGAUGGUGAACCGGGUGCCAGUGGAGGAGGCCGCCCCCAGUGCGGAGCGGCUGCAGGCGCUGGCUGGAUUCCAGCGCAAGAUCCUGAGCCAUGCCCUGAGCUUCCCAGCUGUCCAGCGCCUGGUCUACUCCACCUGCUCAGUGCACCAGGAGGAGAAUGAGGAUGUGGUACAUGCUGUGCUUCAGGAACAGGGCUCGGCCUUCAGGCUGGUGAAUGUGUUACCUUCUUGGCCCUGCCGAGGACUUGCUGCCUUCCCCGGGGCUGAACGCUGCCUCCGAGCCUCUCCUGCUGACACACUCACCAAUGGUUUCUUUGUGGCUGUGCUGGAGCGGUGCGAGGAAGAAACUGCUGUUGCCAGCUCCCUGCCUGCAGCAGCUGAAGAGAGCCUACAGCCAGGAGGGGGCACGCAUCCGGGAACUGCUCACAAGAAGAAAAGGAAAAAAGCGCGUUAAGGAGUGAGCUAGCGUGCUUAGGACUGCACGUGGCCAAGCGCUGUUUGCUUCUGCUAGAGACCUCCCCUGCUGCAGCAGCUACUGCGCUCCCUUGUGCUGCAUGAAUGAAAGGCUGCAGCUCUGUCUCUGUCCCUUCCCCCAGACAGCGGAGCCUCUCUGACCUGGACCCGCAAAGUAAAACUCUGUACCAGCUGCA